AAUAAUUGUAAUAUUAUUGUUGUUAACGAUAAUAUCGCGAUGCAGCAUGUACCCGUCUGUAUUCGUACGACACGUUCGUGAUCAACAGAGAAAUAUCCUCGUUGUUCGUGGAAUCAAGUUUCUCGACGUACUCGGACGAAGAUUACGACGUGUCCUUAAAAUUCGACGACAUCAUCACCAUGACGCACUUCUGGCAGUACUUUCACAGCGUGUUGUGUGACAAACUGUACGAAAUUCCCACGGUCGUGGACAAGGAUGACGGUACCAAAUUACUGUUCGAAAACAAAUUUCUGUUCAGGCCCAGAGUGAGACAGGUCAGGGUCGAAGAAGGACACUGUGAAAUCAGAAACCAAUUCAAAGGAUUAUUCCAAGACUGCUAUGUCCCGUACGAAAUUAAGUAUGAAGACAAAGCAAGUUUUGGACCGAAAAAAGGAACACAAUGGACAUACUCUGAUAGCUCCAAGACCCAGGGCGUGUCGUUCAGAGGCGAAAUCGCGACCUACGGACCCGGUGGAUUUUAUUUCGAUUUUCCAAAGGAUAAAACGAACGCAAAAACGACGAUCAAAGACCUCGAACACGACACGUGGCUGAAUCGCGGUACCAGAGCGGUUUUUGUGGAUUUCGCCAUUUACAACUGCAACAUAAACGUGGUUUGUGCUGUCAAAUUAGUGUUCGAAUUUCCGGCGUCGGGCGGCAUUGUCUCGUCGUCUACGUUUCGGACCGUCAAGCUGUAUAGGUACGCUGUGGCCGAUUCGUUGUUUACGUUGAUCGGCAUGCUCGCCGUCGUCGGGUUCGUCGUUUAUUUCACGGUGGAAGAAAUAUUCGAAAUCAUGUACUUCCGGAAGGACUACGCCACCGUGUUCUGGAACUACGUCGAUUUCGGCAUCGUGGCCUUGGGAUGGUGGGCCAUCGUUGUGGCGCUGAUGAUCGUAUUUAAAGAGAAGUCGUCGUCGGGUAGUAACCCGUGGAACGCUAUUGCGAAAACCGUGACGGACCGCAAGUCCGUGGAGCACCUGGUAGCAAGACAUGAAUCCCUCGUACAACUGGCGGCCUACUUGUUCUUCCUGGUGUGCAUCAAGGUCAUCAAGUACACCGACCUGAACAGAUCGAUGACCAUCGUGUACUUGAGCGUGGGCAGGUGCUUCAAAAUCGUCGCGGGAUAUCUGGUUAUAAUGAUUUUUGUCGUGAGCGCAUUCGCGACGCUCGGUUAUUUCGCAUUCGGCUCACAGGUAAAAGGAUUCUCGACAAUCUACGAUUCAGUUCUUUCGUCGCUCAGAAUACUGAUGAGGGACUUCGACUACAAGACGCUUCAAGACGCGGACGCUUGGUUCACUACGUUUUUCUUCGUAUUUUUCACGUGCGUGAUGAUAUUUGUUCUCUUGACGAUGCUAGUGGCGAUCGUGUUUCACGCGUAUUUUGACGUGGACGUCGAACAAUCGUUGGGGGACCGGCAAUCGUACGUGAGCGACAAGGUGUCGGCGUUCGUGGACCGCGUGCUCGCCUGGAUGGGUUUUGACAAAUGGGCGGGGCGACGUCGAACCGACCGGCUGAAUAACGAACUGGAUCGCCGCGUUACCUAUCAGGACGUUUACAAGAUACUGAAACGCUGCCGUUUUACAAACUCUGAAGUGGAAAAGAUUCUCAACAAAUACGGAAUCGAACCGCAAAAGACGGUACACGAAGACGAAGCCAGGCAGAUGUUCCGGGACGUGCUGCAAAACGCACCCGGAUCGAGUAAAGAUGACGAAAACUCAACUUCCAAUGAAUCAGAUAUCAAAUGGUUGAUCAAGAGAGUAGAUCUACUUGAAAAUGCAUUGGAUGAUGUUCAUAAAAAAUGCGAUAUCGUCAUAGCACGUCUCGAUGCGAUACGAGUUCAAUUACCACCGAAUUAUGCAGAACAAAAACUGCAAAAUAACCCAGCUUCUUCUUAA